GGAUGGACGGGGAGGAGAGAGAAGACUGAGGUGAAAGAUAAAAGUAAUCUUGCCGCACCAUUUUUUCUUUUAUCAAAAACGUCCUGCAGAUUACCACGGAUUACCACGGAUUGCACUGUCGCUCCACUGUUCUAGAAAUGGGAACCGAAAGAAGGUGCGCUAAAGUGGAUACAGGUUAGUUCAAAUCGGCAAGUAGGAGAAUCGUUCGAGGGAAAUCGCACCUCAAUAAAUCGUCCUGUCUUGUCUUGUUUCAUUCAGCAGCCGUACGAAAGGAAAUGAAAUACAACACACAAUAAUCCGACAAUACCUGCGAAUCCCGAUAGUUCUUUUGAAACACUACCAGCGAGGAUAUUGACGCUGCCUUUAUUCUUAACGGGUUAAAGUUGCCAAUUGUUUCUUUCGACAUCUGCCAAGAUUCAAUCCAUUCUUUUCCAGAGCGCGCAUCAUUCUUUAAACCCCCCUCCACAAUUCGACGACGUUCACCUCCUCUCCAGAAUUCACGAUUGAAUAGCCCGACUACCCCACGCACAACAAAGUCGCACGGUCGAUCGCAUGUGAGCCUACACGAUGUCGGCUGCUACCGAUCAGGUAGUUGUUCCCAGCGAGGGCGAGCAGUCUGCGAUUCCGCAGGGUCUUGCUUCGCCACCAGAAAGCAACAACACUAUCAGAACCGAUCCAUCAAGCGACUCAGAAUUAUCAGAUCUCGAGUUCACGGCAGACGAGCCAAUUGAACCAGAACAUUACGAAGAUGAUGGCAGAGUUCCCGUUUUCGUGCCGACCAUGGCUCAGUUCAAGGACUUUAAUCUCUUCAUGGAUAAAGUCAAUAAAUAUGGAAUGAAAUCUGGUAUUGUCAAGGUUAUCCCACCACCCGAAUGGAAAGCUGCCCUUCCACCACUCGACGACGCUAUUAAAACGAUUAGGGUGAAGGAUCCGAUUAAACAAGAUAUCAUGGGCCAGAGCGGAACAUACCGACAAGCCAACAUUCUCCAUCAACGUUCUUACAAUCUUCCGCAAUGGCGACAGUUGUGCGAUCAAAGCGAACAUCAACCUCCCGCCAAGAGAGGCGAAAGGAGAGCCAAUGUCGAAAAGGUUAAAGCUACAACAAGAGCAAAAGCUUCAACGCCGGGAGGAAAACGAAAACCAGGCCGACUGUCCAGACUUAAGACAAAUGCUACUGUCGAUUCAGAAGUUGGAACUCCGGAUCGUUUGCCAACUCCAAUCUCUCCAAAAAUCGAAGGCGAUUCACCGUCUGUUAAGCAAGAAGUAAAUGAGGAUGAUACACCUGUCAGACCAAAGGGGGGAAGACAGCCUAAAGCCAUAUCUGUUUCUUCUCGUCGUAAGAACAAUCGCCGUGGUGAAGCAGGCGUGGUUGAUGAAGCCGCAUUUGAGAACUUCAAAUACGAGCUAGAGGGUGAAGAUUACUCGGCAGAGAGAUGUGAAGAAUUAGAACGACACUAUUGGCGUACCCUCACAUAUGCUCCACCACUUUAUGGAGCGGAUAUGAUGGGAUCGUUGUUCGAUGAUAGAACAACCCAAUGGAACCUUGGAAAGUUACCCAAUAUACUUGAUCAUUUGGGUGGGCAGAUUCCUGGUGUCAACACUGCAUAUCUUUACCUAGGCAUGUGGAAAGCUACAUUUGCCUGGCAUUUGGAGGAUGUCGACCUCUACAGUAUCAAUUAUCUUCACUUUGGCGCACCGAAGCAAUGGUACAGUAUCUCUCAAGGGGACGCACGACGAUUUGAAGCUGCGAUGAAAAACAUCUGGCCAGCUGAUGCUAAAGCUUGUAGCGAAUUCCUUCGUCACAAGACAUUUUUGAUAUCGCCGCAGCACUUGUUAUCGAACUACAACAUUAAGGUCAACAAAAUCGUCCACCGACCAGGGGAAUUCGUGAUUACUUUCCCAUACGGAUAUCACUCUGGAUACAACCUCGGGUACAAUUGCGCUGAGGCUGUCAACUUUGGUUUGCCAUCUUGGCUUGAAUAUGGAAAGGUGGCCAAGAAAUGCGACUGUGAUCAAGCUCAAGACAGCGUUUGGAUCAAUGUUCGGGAUUUGGAACGCAAGAUGAAUGGCGAAGAGACUGAAUAUGAAACCGACUUUGAUGAGGAGGAGGAAGAAGAGGACGAGGACGAAAAUGAAACGACGGGUCUCCCUACUCCCUCUGACAGCAGUGGCGACGCGAAGGUUAAAACGAAGAGCCAACGUAAGAGGAAGCGCGUCAAGAGUGAGUCGGACGAGCAGCACAAUGUGAAGAGAAUCCGAAUGCGCAUCAAAGCACCGGCCAACGAACCUUGUGUCUUGUGUCCCAAUGACAUUCCCUCUGAGCCUCUACUUCCAACCGAAGAUGGUAAACAGGCACACCGCAUGUGUGCUCAGUACAUCCCAGAAACGAUUGUUGAAGAAGUAGACAAGAAAGAAGUGGUUACGGGCAUCAAGGAGAUUUCCAAAGCUCGAUUUGACCUCAAGUGCAACUACUGUCGAUCCAAGAAAGGUGCAUGCUUUCAAUGCUCAAAGAAGAAGUGUACAAGAGCAUAUCAUGCAACCUGCGCAGCAGCAGCUGGCGUUUUUGUUGAGCAAGGAGAAAUUCCAGUGUUUGGAGAGGAUGGUACCGAGUACAAAGAGUGGGGCAUCGAAUUUAGUUGUCGCUUCCAUCGCAUCAAACGCGAUAAGAGGUUGGACAGCGAGUCUCUCGAGGAAGAUGAUCGCAUUCGUGAUGGCGCCAAGGAGCUGAAAGCUGGCGAAGUCUGUCAAAUGCAGUUUCAUAAGGGCGACAUAUUUGCAGGCACCAUCAUCGAGAAUCGGAAAGAUGAAGAGACAGUGCUUGUUGAUAUUCUGCCUCGCGGUGACUGUGUUGAAGUCGAAUAUAAAUGGAUUCUCAUUCCCGACGCAUCAUUCUUCACUCUCGCCAAGCCAUCCGAGAAAGCAAUCCCCAUGCCAAAAUCUCGUAUUGAGGCAGCGUCACUCAACACCACAAAACGUCAAGUCGAUGACAUUCCAAGAGCUGAAGAUCCAUUUGUCAAGGGCUUCACAUGGGCAGAGUUUAACACAGAGAGUAUUCCUCGCAAUGCGGCACAAGUCAAAUUAGAUUUGAGCAAGGAGAACCAAGUCUGGUAUUAUCUUGGAAAGAACUCCACAGAAGCUAGGGCACAAUUUACGGAAGAUUUAAAGAUUCAGAGACAUAACCCUAAAGGCCACUUCCUUGAUACAAUUCCCAAACCGGCUACAGCUGCGCCACGUACGUCUUACGCAGCAUCAUAUCCUACAUCCACGAACAAAUUUUCUGCAACUACGACAAAGAUACCCUCGGCCAAUACUUCUAAUAUGGGCUCGGGAGUACAGGCAAUGCCGAAAAUCCCCGCUAACAAACUUGUGAAUCAACCGGCGUCAUCCCCUGCAACUUCCACACCUUUUGUUGCUAGGUCAGAGAAGCCAUAUGUGUAUAAGCCCCGUAAAUCUGAAGAUGGUUACCACAGCGGUUUGAUUGAUGCGCAGUCCUACCAAUCUCAGCAAGCUUUCUUGCGACAGUCAGCGACUUCUAGGCCUGUCCAAGUACCUGCAGUUGGUCUCAACUUUGGCACUGAUCCCAGGUUUCAAAACAACCCGGCGUCUCCUGCGCCCACUUCCACGACUCCUCCCGCGAAUGUUUCUACAAAUCCAUCUACGGCCAUUCCCCCGAGAGCCGCUUAUACACCAAAUAAUAGCUAUGCUCCACAAGUCAUUUAUGCACCGCAAGUUAAAUAUGCUCCACCGCGCCAGCCUCAUCAAGCAGCUACAGCACGUCAAUCCCAAGCAAUUGCUAGUCCACUAGCUCCGCCUAAUACAAAUUAUCGACCAACUCAAUCUCUGGCGAAAGGAAACAAUCCUUUUAGCAGUAGAGCAGCUGCCCCUAAAAUGGGAAAUGUUUUUGCGAAGUAUCUCUACUUGCAGAUCGAGCAUAACCGCUCGCCCAUGGAAUAUAAGAGUCCCUACAGAGAAGGUGGGGGGUUUAUGAAUGGUUAUCAAGGCAAUUGGACAGAGCAUCUCAAGAAGACCUUAUUUGCAAAAUCAGGAUCAUCUACAGCAUCACCCCCGACCUCGAUUUCUUCUUAUACUGGGGGUGUCGGCAGGAAAACAUCAUAUCCUACCUCCUAUACCCCCCAAUCUUCCCGCGGUUCCUAUUCCUCCAGUGGGUCCCAAAUAUAUUCCCCGGGAACUUCAUCUGCAAGACCAAGCUAUACUUCACCUUCCAUGCCUAGACAGCAGCAAACACCAACUCCACAUGUUACGCCAAAACCGUAUGACACGAAUCAAUGGGAAAGGAAAGACUCACCCUUGCACCCAGCUAUUCGGAAGGAGUACAGUUCAAUGUUUCACAAUCACCACGUGCCGCAGCCACAAGGUCAACAAACUCCUCAGCAGCAAGGUCAUCAGCAACACAACAAAAGUCACGACUCUACUCAGGAUCAAAACUCAUCUUACCCUCCGUCUGAUGGCCAAGGUUCUCCCGCGCAACGUGGAUCUGAGUCUCAAAUGCCAAAAACAACUGACUCCAAGCAAGCUCAGCAACUUCAGGAACCUCAGAAGUCCCAACAACCCCAACCUCCGCAAUCUCAACCUACGCCUCAAGUUGCACAGGAGACUGACCAAACUCCAUUAUCACAGCCUCAGCCAGUUGAAAAGGCUUCUCUCACUACUCCUCACUCGCAUUCUUCUCCUCUUACCCAGCAAGAACCCGGUCAGCAAUCGAUCAAUACUUCGGAUCAAUCUCAGGUCCCACUUCAACCUCCUCAGCAGGAGUCGAAACCCAUCUACCCUCAUCAGCAAUAUUUCCAGACCCUCGAUGCUUCGCAGGCACACCCAAAAACUUUUGCUCCUCCUCCGCAAACCCACGACUUACCAGACGUGCCUAUUGACUCAGAGUCUUUAAUUGAAGACAUGCUCAAGAAUUUGAGAAAGGUUACGACAAGCACGGCCAAGUAGGAGGAUUGUAUCUCACAGCUUUUUAUUAUGAUGACAGUCCAACCAAAUAAACUCAAAGAGGCGUCAUGUGGGCGAAACUUUGGUGUGCAUUGAUGUGUUUAAUGAUGAUUCUUGGGGGCGUACAUAAUACCAAAUCCUAAGAUGAGGAUGGAUUUUUCGGCGUUCAAGGAAUACUUAGGACAAGGGGGUGAUGAGGUGUUUGGGUUCUCGUCUGAGUUUUUUCAAGUUAUAGUUCUUUCAAUUAUUUCAACUUAGUUUAUGAAUUCUAUCAAGUUCUCGUUCGAUGCAGUGUCUGCAUAUGGGCAGGUUUUCCGUACCUCUGGAAAUUCAGAUCAAUAUUCACAAACUAUAAUAAUAAUAAUAAUAGUGAGAAGUACUGGAUAGUAGGAUGCAUUCUUAUUUUCACCCACGUUCAUUCCUGAUGUACAAGCAAAGUCAAUAAAAGCAAAGCAGAGAAAAGCAUGGCAUAAUGAAGCAAACAGACAAAAUUUAAGUCAAUUUCAGACAAGAGAUGGAAAGUAUUUAAGAGGAAGGGGAAUGCAAUUGUACACUAGUUUAUGCAGGUUAUGGGAACGAGUGAUGAUGAUAUGUGUUUUAUAAUUAUAAUAGUUCA